GCGCCGGCUUUUAUGUUUUUUCCAACCCUCAGCGUAGAAGAAGAGACGCGGAGUAUCCCAACGGUGGGUGUUCUGCGCUUUGAGGAGACGGCAAGGCGGCUGAGAGGCAGCGUCUCCUCUCUUUUAACCGACGGUAUCAUACUGUUGAAGAUAAAAAAUACGCUUUUCGCCAUACAGAGGUGGCUAUUCCGCGACACACGCAGAUAUUUGCAUCUUUUCUUUCUGUGGCGCGCUGUAUACGUGUUCUCUCCUUGGUUUUUGUUGUUCCGCUUCUUCGCACUCGUGUGCCAGCACGUGUUCCUUUCGACGGAGGAAAGGAAAAAGGUAAUUGAAUAAACUCGCUUUCUUCUGCAAUUGUGGAUCAAUCUAAAAAUUUGUUUCGCGGUUCAUUUCCUUCUUCACUGUUCUAGUAAUCAAACGGCCACGCAGCUUCGUUCGCCCUAAUGAGUCGCCGUGAACAUGGCAGCAGCAAGGCGGUGAGCUCCGAUGAGUUGCUGCGCCAGGAGGCGGCGGUGUACCUGCCCCCCGCGGUGGAAAAUCAGCUGACUCACAUUAUGCAGCGACGUGAGAGUGUCGAGGCCGCCCUCCAACGGAUGGAAGUCGGUAUUUACGACAUGGAAAGUGAAUUAUUGAAGCACUGCGUCUCCUUUGGCGGCUCCCUCUUCGACGGGUUCGGACUGGAGCGCCGCUCCAACGCACACCGCAGCCCUGUGGCUGUUCUUACCCCAAUGCACUCCUCGCCCCACAUGGGCGGCGGCAGCAGCGCAUCUCCGUCUGGCGGCUUUGAAAUGGGCACAACGCCGGCUUCUUUUCCCGGAUCUCCGCUCCUGACGACAACGGCGACAGGCGAGCAACACCGCACCUACCAGUUUUUAAUCAACCCCUUCCAGGGGGAUAGUAAUGGUGGGUCAGACGCCAACAUGGGUAGCACCUCCACCGCUGUGUAUCAGGUCGGCACCAAAGGCGCCACUUCGCCUGCGUUUCACUACCGCAUCCACUUCUUUAGCCCUAGUGAGCGCGUCUUCUCCGCCUGCUCCGUCGGUGCGCUGAGUCGAGUGGAAAUCGCGAAAUCGACCUUAGGCAACUCGAACGGUGCGGCAAAAGCCGUGAUGCGCUCGACGGCGGCGGUGGGUGCUGCUGCGGCGCGCGGGCAAGGCGGAGGAAAGCGAGGCCGCCACAGCAGCAGCGACAGCAUGAGGGCGGCGUUUGCACGGGAGCCCGACGCCGGACCGGCCCGCCGCCGCCGACGCGAUUCUAACGACGACGACGAUCGCGGCGAUGACGCAACGGCCCCAGACGGCAACGUUGGUCGUCGUCGUCGACGUCAUACAGAGUAG